AUGUUUCAUCCAAACAACUAUCUAUUUGAGAAUGGAAAAUCUCUAAUCAACGUUAAACUCGAAUGCGAAGUUGAGAUUAAUAGAUCUCCUUUUGACGUGAUUGCUGAUCCUGCUUCUCUAUUUGCAAAAAAUUCCAAUUUUGAAUAUCUGUCUCUUAGUCUCCAUGGUGUGAAUGCUUCCUACUUGCCUGAGUUUGUUAGUCUGAGUCAAUUGGUACUGGUUCUUCAUGGUUUCAAUAAGUGGGAGUUUAUUAUACAAUGUCUCAACAGAAGUCCUAAUCUGAAGCAUCUAGUCUUGAAAAGGAAAUGGUGUUAUAGACAAGACGAGCUUGAAUGGAACUUUUUCAAUCCACCUGAGCUUCCAGGUUGUUUGGUGUCUCACAUCCGGACUAUCUCCAUAAAAGGGUUCAAGGGACAACGGGAUGAGAUGAAAAUGGCCGAGUUUUUGUUGAAGAACGGUAAGUCUUGA